UGACGUCACAGGGAGCAGAAGAUUGAUUUCGGCCUUUUGCUCCCAGUAUUUGAUUGCACUCGGUCGCUGCGAGCUCCGGUUUCGCGGCAGGAACGCUAUCUAGCAAAUUAAAGUUUAUGUGAGUUUGUCAUAAUAACUUUACCAUAAUGUCACUUAGAGAGAACGCAACCCAAUCAGUUAGCGAGAGUACGAUGAACGGUGCAAGACAUUAUUUCAAGUUGCGCAACCGGGAUACAUUAUGCUAUGGCUCGGACUAAUUUCAUAGAAAACAACGUUUUUACUCAAAAAGAUAUCCAGUCAGUGGCACUGGGAAAAAUUGUCGGACACAGCCGGGACAUGAUGAAGUUGUCUAUAAUGUUACUGCUCAUAUCGCACCUUGCCACCUCCUCGAUUUAUUUCGGCGAGACGGCCAAGUGUGAGCCGGUGCGUAUGCCUAUGUGCGCGGACAUGCCGUAUAACAUGACACGGAUGCCGAAUUUGCUUCACCACAGCACGCAGGAAAACGCCAUUCUGGCCAUUGAACAGUAUGAGGAACUCGUGAACGCGAGCUGCAGUGAUGCCCUGGUGUUCUUCCUCUGUUCAAUGUACGCGCCUAUCUGUGCUGUGGAUUUUCAGUCGGAGCCUAUACCGCCAUGUCGGAGUGUGUGCGAGCGCUCACGCCAAGGCUGUGAGCCACUGAUGAACGAAUACAACGUCUCGUGGCCGGAGAGCCUUAACUGUAACAGGCUCCCAAUGUACGACAGAGGAGUUUGUAUAUCUCCGGAGGCUAUCGUGUCCACAAUGCCGUCAGACACAGGUAAGGAGGCAAAAGAGAAGCAUCAAGUUAGAAACGCAGAUUGCAACUGUCCAAAGAAAAGUAAAUUAAAGAAAAAACAGUAUCUAAGUAAAAAAUACGAAUAUGUGGUCCACGGUGUAUUCAAGGAGCAGAAAGCCAUCUAUGACCACGCAGUGACUGUGAUAGAUGUGAAAGAAGUUUUGAAAAAUGGAGAGGUGGAAAUAAAGCCUCAAACUCAAGUCCAGCUGUGGACUAAAGGAAUGUGUGUCUGUGCUAAGGUGGAGGCGAACAAGGAAUAUCUCUUUCUCGGCCACGAAGAUAAAGUGACUAAAAGACUGCUUCUGAAUGACGACGCCCUUGUAUUGAAAUGGAAAAAGAAGGUGGCGAAAAAAUUAAAGAGAUGGGAAAGCCGGAAAAGACGAAGCCGAGGUCGAGGGAAAAGCAGAAAAAAGAAGGGAAAUUCUGGAAAACGUAGCAGACAAGGAAGCAGUUCUAGGAAAGAAUAAUGUGAUACCGUAUAGUGUGAUGAAAUAAGUGGAAUAUUUUGUGGUGCGAAGAGAAACUUGUGGUUGUAAUCUUUUGACCCACUGCUACCAUUUGGAAGACUGAAAACAACAUAUAUACAAAUUCCAGAAGAAAUUGUUCUAACGAAAUGUUUUCGUUCAUAAUUCAUGCUGGAAAAUACCAUGCAAGAAGGAUGGAAUACGUCCACUCCUUUCUGUCGUAUAAUGUACGGAAACCUUCGCUGAUGAAAACUUUGGUGGCUUUUGUGGCGAAUUGCGCUCGUCCUUUCCGCCAAGUUUUUAAUCACUGCAUAGGAGAACUAAAAGGUUGCUCUGGUCAUUUCUUGUAUGAUAACCCUUAAUCAACUUUGAGACAAUUACGUAUUAAAGUUUGCUUCAAGUUUUAAAGACUAUGUAUAGCUUUGACACUAUGUUUCUGCCGUAGUCUAUAAUUUACUGGUGGGUCCAGGAUUUUGCUGAAGGAGGGCACAAGGAUAAACCAAAAGUUUGUCUCGUUUCGUUCUCCUCCUCUGGGUCCGCCAAUGCAAGUGUUGUCACGAGUCUACAGUCUAACUGUCAUUUUAAAAUGACUAUUGUUAUUGAGACAGAUAAUAUAUAUAUAUAUAUACAUAUUUAAAAAUGUUACUACACCUUAUCCCGGGAUGUUACAGAUCUGUGAUGGAACGUUGACAAAAGCAAGUUCACUGAGAGUUCGAUUGUAUCAGCAGUGAAUGUGCGGGCAAGAUGAUAUGCGCUUUGAAGAUGCUUCAAACGAAUCCUUGUGACAAAGAUGGCUGAAGACGGAUUUACAAUAUUGUUGUGGAUAUCAAAAAAGGCUUGAUUUGGUUUCAAAAUGAUCGCACAACAUUGCCAAUCGGUUGUUGUCCACUAAGCUGGGUCGUACUUUUCAAGGACCAAAUGGAUGGGAAAAUUUGGUUGCUUUUCAUCCUGUAAAAUUACAUACACAGUGGUUGUAUAGGAGAAAGCUACCUACAAGAGAAUAGCUGAUAAUGUAAAAAAAAACAUUGGCUGGAGUGAUAAGUGUAAAAUAUUAAAGUCCUGACAAAUGGAAUGUUGUCUCUGGGAAUGAUUUAAGCUUCAAUCAAGGUCUAAAUUUUGGCUGUUUAGGUCUGUCCUGUAUCAUGUUGCGACAACAAUAUCCUUGACUCAUUUGGACAU